UGCUGCUAGAAUCAUGGGAGAGAGGAAUGAAGACUGUAGUAACUGGACGCUGGACUUUCUCCUCCUCUGAUGAGUAAGAGAAUAAAGCAGGCUGCUGCGCCAUAGCCCUGGUGGGCUCGGGGCCCUGCAGGCACUGGGAUCCCGGGAUCAGAGGAGCAUAAGCAAAGGACUGCAGGGAAGAGGAAGGAGGCCGCUGCUGACAUGGCUGGGAAUUGCAGCAGCUUCAGCCCUGGAAGUGGGGACAUCAUCCAGCUGAAUGUAGGAGGCACCAGGUUCAGCACUUCCAAGCAAACACUUAUGUGGAUUCCAGACUCCUUCUUUUCUAGUUUACUUAGCGGAAGAAUUUCAACACUACGGGAUGAAACUGGAGCGGAUGUGACUUCAUUACCUGAAGAGAUAUUUAUAGAUAGAGAUCCAACAGCAUUUGCACCUAUCUUAAAUUUCCUUCGAACAAAAGAACUGGACUUAAGGGGAGUGAGUUUGAAUGUUCUCAGGCACGAAGCAGAAUUUUAUGGAAUUACUCCCUUGGUAAGAAGACUCCUUUUAUGUGAAGAACUUGAACGUUCAUCAUGUGGAAGUGUCCUGUUUCAUGGCUAUUUACCUCCGCCAGCAAUUCCUAGCCGUAAGUUUACAUGUGAUGCGCCCUCUUCAGCAGAUGUCAGUACAGGGCAAAGAGCGGGUGAAGCAGCUGGCCAAACCAGUGCUCUGCAACCAACACUUGCAGCUGCAGAGGGAAUGGUUAAACUUGGGUUCCCAGUGGAUCCAAGAAAAGUACUUAUCGUAGCAGGUCAUCACAAUUGGAUAGUCGCAGCAUAUGCUCAUUUUGUAGUAUGCUACAGAAUAAAGGAAUCUUCGGGCUGGCAACAGGUGUUUUCAAGUCCCUAUCUAGACUGGACUAUUGAGCGUGUUGCACUAAACGCUAAAGUUGUUGGAGGCCCCCAUGGGGAUAAAGACAAGAUGGUGGCUGUUGCGUCAGAAUGCAGUAUUAUUCUGUGGAACAUCCAGGACGGUAGCAGUGGCAGUGAAAUUGGUGUGUUUAAUCUCGGAGUUCCAGUGGAUGCUCUUUUCUUUAUUGGUAACCAGUUAGUGGCCACUAGCCACACAGGAAAAGUUGGAGUUUGGAAUGCUGUAACUCAGCACUGGCAGGUUCAAGAUGUUGUUCCCAUUACAAGUUAUGACACAGCUGGGUCAUUUCUUCUCUUAGGAUGUAACAAUGGAUCAAUUUAUUAUAUAGACAUGCAAAAAUUUCCUUUGCGCAUGAAGGACAAUGACCUUUUGGUGACAGAACUUUAUCAUGAUCCAUCCAAUGACGCCAUCACUGCUCUGAGUGUCUACCUCACCCCCAAAACGAGUGUGAGCGGGAAUUGGAUUGAGAUUGCUUAUGGCACAAGUUCUGGAGCCGUGAGGGUUAUUGUACAGCACCCUGAGACAGUUGGCUCCGGCCCUCAGCUGUUUCAGACUUUCACAGUUCAUCGAAGUCCUGUUACAAAGAUUAUGCUGUCUGAAAAACAUCUUGUGUCUGUUUGUGCUGAUAACAACCAUGUACGCACAUGGACGGUGACUCGAUUCAGAGGAAUGAUUUCCACACAGCCAGGUUCGACUCCUCUUGCGUCAUUCAAAAUAUUGUCCUUGGAAGAAACCGAAAGCCAUGGCAGUUAUUCGUCUGGAAAUGACAUUGGGCCUUUUGGGGAAAGAGAUGAUCAGCAAGUAUUUAUUCAGAAAGUUGUCCCCAUAACAAAUAAAUUAUUUGUCAGACUUUCUUCAACUGGAAAAAGAAUCUGUGAAAUUCAAGCUGUUGAUUGCACUACCAUCACAUGCUUUACUGUCCGAGAAUGUGAAGGCUCUAGUAGAAUGGGCUCAAGACCGCGACGCUAUCUCUUCACUGGACAUCUAAUGGAAGCAUUACAGAUGUGGGAUCUCACGACCGCAAUGGACAUGGUCACAAAAACAGAAGACAAAGAUGUUGGAGGGCCAACAGAAGAAGAGCUAUUAACAUUAUUAGACCAAUGUGAUCUCAGUUCAUCUCGUUGUGCCACGCCCAACAUCAGUCCAGCAACCUCUGUAGUUCACCAAAGCCGUCUACGGGACUCCAUUUCAAGUUUACAGCUUCACCAUGAAACAAUCCAUGAAACUCCAACCUAUGGCUCUGUGAGGCCUUACAGAGAGAGUCCACUUUUAGCAAGGGCAAGACGUACAGAAAGUUUUCACAGUUACAGGGACUUCCAGUCCUUUGGUUUUGGUAAACAUACAAUUGAAAAAUCAAGCCCAGACAAUGGGAGUUGUUUGAUAAAAAAUGAAGUAAAAACAUCUGAUCAGGAAAGCGAUGCAUCUGAUAAAAAGACUUCAUCAACACCAAGAGCAACCAAAGUGGUGGAUGGGCCAUCAGAUUUGUGCAAAGUUGCUGAGAAUGCAGACGUUCGGAAAAGAACUGUGGAUGAUGAUAAUGACUGCAAGUCAGAUGUUAAAAAGAAAAGUGGAUUUGAAGGGGCAUUUUUAGGUAGAAGAAAGAUUUCUCAAGUACCUCAUUUAGGAUCUCCCCAAAGUGCAAUGGAUGGUGGGAAUGAACCACCUGGUACGGCAUCUCCAUCUCCUACAAAGAGUACUACAUCACCACGUCGGAAAAAAAGUGAUUCCUCUUGUCAUGACUAUGCUUUGUGAUUACAGCGGCCAGCAAUGCUAUUGCUUUUUUUGAGCAUGUCCAUAUGAAAUAAGCUGGAUUAAAAUUCUCAACAAUAUCUUUGUUUUUGUUUUUUUCUGUUUUGCUAGUACGUCAUUAUGGUGUCUAUACAUGAAAUAUUUAUUCUUUCUAAAUCUUAGACAACUAAAGAGAGUGUAGCAAUACCUUGCCCUCUCAUGUAGCCAAGGGGUUACAACUAUGUUUCACCACUUUUUUCGCUUUGUAAUAUAGUCAUCUUAUGUUUGUUUUUGUUUUGUUUCAUCUAUGCAGUUUUUCUGCAACCAUGUACUUUUCUAAAUUUAGCUCAUUUUUUAGAAGGCUUUAUAAUAUAUGUAUGCUAGCUGAUAACUUAUUGAUAUGUAAAUUAUUUAUCCUAUUAUGAGCACUGAUAAAAUUUACUUUAAAAAAAUUAUCAAAGAUAUUUUAAAAUUGCCCUAUUUGCACAAGGUAUUUUUUUUUAAUUAUUUUACUGUGAUGCGUAAAAAGUGAGUCUUGUACAUAUAUGUUGCACUCUGGUGUUUAUAGUUUGACUUUUGCAAAAGGAAAAAAAAACAAUAUUGGAAAGCGAAGGAGAAUUUAACAAAAAGCAUUAAUUUGAAGAAAUGUUGCUUUGCUGUACAAUGUAAUUUUACAUAUUCCAGCAAUAAAAUAAUAAUCAAUUUAA